AUGGUUUCAUCACCUCCAUGUUUUAUCCGAUCAGAAGGAAUAUUAUCCACGCCUGUUGACUUCACUGACAUUUCUUUCUUUCUUUCUUUCUUUCUUUCUUUCUUUCUUUCUUUCUUUCCCUUCUUUAUUUGCUUUCUCUCUCUCUCUCUCUUUUCCCUUUCACUUUUUAAAUUUCUCUUUUCAAAUAUCAAUGUAAGUGGUGGCAGUGGAGUAAGAAUCGAACCUCUUGAAGACAGCUCAGUUCAAAUAAAUUCCUUGUCUCGCGAAUUUUACGAUGGUGAAAAACUAGAAUUCGAAUUUAAAACAUCCAAACCAGAUGGUCUUCUGUUCUACGCCACGCGUCGGAACGACGAAUCAGAGCUUAUGGCUGUGCAACUGGUCGAUGGGCAUCUCCUCUACUCAAUUCGAUGUAAUCAAGGAUACGCAACACUUAUCAUCCCGAAAAAGAGAGCAGAUGAUGAUAAAUGGCACAAAAUCAGAUACUCCCGGAGGCAAAUGAAAGGUUAUCUUGAAAUCAAUGGUGUUACUUAUUAUGAAAAUUAUUUAUUGACCUGUGGAGGCUUCACGUCGUUAGUGUUUGGAGGAGUGAGAGCCAACGAUUGGGGAUUAGAAGCAAUUAAAAGCUUAGAGACUGUCCGAGGCAAAAAUGGCCAAUAUCAGUUCAGCGGCUGCUUACGGAAAUUAAACAUUACCACAGGAACAGACCAGCCUCCCUAUUACGCUUUGUCUUCUCUAUACGUCGCCUUAUACGUGGAUAUAAAUGGUAUAUCUAUCUAUCUAUCUAUCUAUCUAUCUAUAUGCCUUGUCUUAUUUAUACGUCGCCUUAUACGUGGAUAUCUAUCUAUCUAUCUAUCUAUCUAUCUAUCUAUCUAUCUAUCUAUCUCACUAUAUUUAUAUCUAUCUAUCAAUCUCAGUAUAUUUAUAUCUAUCAAUCUAUCUCAGUAUAUUCAUAUCUAUCUAUCUAUCUAUCUAUCUAUCUAUCUAUCUAUCUAUCUAAGUCCGUUAAUAUCUAUGUCAGUCUCUUCAUUAUCUAUCUAUCUAUCUAUUCAUCUAUCUAUCUAUCUAUCUAUCAAUCUCUUCAAGUACGAAAAUUAUCUAUCUAUCUAUCUAUCUAUCUAUUAUCUAUCUAUAUCAUCUAUCUAUCUCAGUAUAUUUAUAUCUAUACAUCAAUCUAUAUAUUUAUAUCUAUCUAUCUAUCUAUCUAUCUAUCUAUCUAUCUAUCUAAAUAGGGCUUUUACACCUAAUCUUUCUAUUAUAUUUUUGAUUAAAAUUGUCUAUCUAUCUAUCUAUCUAUCUAUCUAUCUAUCUAUCUAUCUAUCUAUCUAUCUAUCUCUCUCUCUCUAUAUAUAUAUAUCUUUCUUUCAUCAGUAUAUUCAUAUCUAUCUAUCUAUCUAUCUAUCUAUCUAUCUCAGUUUUUUAUCUAUCUAUCUAUCUAUCUAUCUAUCUAUCUACCUCUCUCUCUCUCUAUAUAUAUAUAUAUAUAUAUCUUUCUUUCUAUCAGUAUAUUCAUAUCUAUCUAUCUAUCUAUCUAUCUAUCUAUCUAUCUAUCUAUCUAUCUAUCUCAGUUUUUUAUCUAUCUAUCUAUCUAUCUAUCUAUCUAUCUAUCUAUCUAUCUAUCUCAGUUUUUUAUCUAUCUAUCUAUCUAUCUAUCUAUCUAUCUAUCUAUCUAUCUAUCUAUCUAUCUAUCAGGUCUUUUCUAUCUAUCUAUCUAUCUAUCUAUCUAUCUAUCUCAGUUUUUGUAUAUCUAUCUCUCUAAUCUAUUUCGUAUCUAUCUUUUUCCCGCAAACAGAGGUAAACACACACACUCUCCCUUUUUCUCUCACUUUCUCCUUCUCUCUCUCUUUCUUUCUUUCUUUCUUUCUUUCUUUCUUUCUUUCUUUCUUUCUUUCUUUCUUUCUCUCUCACACACACAAAUAG